AUGAACAAGCUAUUCGUAGCAACCGUGGUCCUUAUGGCCUAUUUUGGUUUGACUGAAUGUGUCUCCGUAAGUGUGGAAGACUGGACACCUGUGGAUGAUCGUGUACAGCGUUUCCUCCUCGAAAGUGCACUCACAAGAGCCUUAUCUGUUCAGUCAGAAGUCCCACUACGGGAUAGCUACGGAUGCGAUGUUUCAGGUUUCGUUGUUAGCGACUGCGGUCAGAAAGGUAAAUGCUGCGAUGUACAUGACGAUUGUUACCGCAGAAAUGGUUGUUCAGCAGCCAGUUGGCUUUGGCCAGUUGGCGCGUGCGGUGCAUGUAAUGCUGCUGUCGUAGGGUGUAUCACAACUUCAAAUCCAGGACCAAGUUCAUGCUGCAAGAAUAAAAAUUGUGGUAAACCACGACCAUAG